AUGGGCAAGUCUGCGCGCAAGGAUGCCGAUGUUGACGAACUGAAGUCACUUCCGGAAAUCAAGACCAAGGAGGAAUGGGUCAAGAAGAUCCAUCCCGGUGUCUCCUCCUUCGCCGAUAGACCCGAAGCCGUGGGAACCGAGCAUUUAGCGGAGCUUCUGGACCAUGCGAAGAGCAUCAUCCCCGAGGAAGAUGCUAAGGAUACCCCGAUCUUUUUGCUCGCGACGGCGGGCAUGCGACUCCUCGGAAACCUCGAACGACAACUCCUACUCGAUCAGAUCUGCACCUACGCACGCGCCAAUACCGAGUUCCUGCUUCCCGACUGCGGGGUUCACAUCCAGGUGAUUCCGGGCGUGACCGAAGGUCUCUACGGGUGGAUUGCGACAAACUAUUUAAUGGGAACAUUUGACUCUCCCGACAAACAUGAUCAUGGCAAAGGUCACAGCACUUAUGGGUUCUUGGAUAUGGGCGGCGCAUCUGCUCAGAUCGCAUUUGCGCCGAACGCGACGGAAGCAGAGAAGCACGCCAAUGACCUGACUCUCUUGCGAUUGCGGAAUAUCGACGGCUCGGUACAAGAGCACCGAGUCUUCGUGACUUCCUGGCUGGAGUUUGGUGUGAAUGAGGCGCGUCGACGGUAUGUGGAGGCCUUGCAGGCGGCGACUGGGACAGACGUUCUUGAACUACCGGAUCCGUGCCGGUUUGACGAGUGUCUGCGUCAGACAUUCCCCUUACUGGACAAGGAUGCUCCCUGUAUGGACAACCCGUGUCUCUUGCACGGUGUCCACGUACCGGCGAUCGACUUCGAUGUGAACCAUUUCAUUGGUAUCAGCGAAUACUGGCAUACCACUCAUGAGAUAUUUGAGAUGGCUUACAAGGACAAAGCCUACGACUUUAACACUUAUCAAGAGCGAGUCAAGACGUUCUGUUCGCAGGACUGGAGCUCCAUUGAGGAUGGUGUUCUAGCGCAGAAGUGGGGCAAGAAGGUUGAUGCUCAAAAGGCCUACGAAGUCUGCUUUAAGGCGUCGUGGAUCAUUAAUAUGCUUCACGAUGGUAUUGGCAUUCCUCGUGUCGGUCUUGAAGAUACCUCAGGUUCCUCUCACAACGGCACGAAAGAAGUCUUAGCUCAUGGCCAGGAGAAGGGCUAUCUUGAUGCCUUCCAAGCUGUGAAGAAGAUUGACUCGACCGAAGUGAGCUGGACAUUGGGCAAGAUCGUCUUGUACGCCUCAUCGCAAGUUCCUGCACCGGUGGAAGAUGCCAUGCCAGUCGGCUUCGGCAGCAAUGUUGCUGGUAUUCCACCGGACUUCCAAUAUCCCAGUGUACAGCUGCUUCCAGAUUCCGAAGGGUUCCACAGUGAACACUGGCACGAUGCGCUCUUUGAUGGAGACUCGCCGCGGCCCGUCGCUUACGGAUGUACCAUCAUCUCAACAAAGUUCUCCGUCGCGGACCUUCUCACCCAACCACCCCAAGAAGCGAAAGGGCUUGGAGGUAUGCUGCCCUUCCUGAACCGUGGCGGGCAGCCGUAUGAACGCGUCUUGGAGGAUGGUGCUCAAGAUUUCGAGCUGGGCGUGACGGAUUCUGACGGGUCGGAUGUGGAUGGCGGUCGUCUUUCCGAGGCAGAUGCCAACCCCCGGCCGCCCAAGCGAGCCUACAGUUGGGGAAGCAGCAGUAACAACCCACCGAGUCUGAAGUACACGCUCGACAAUAAUUCAUCAGGCACCAUUGGCUUGGGCAUCAGCGGUGAUUCGGGCAUCGACAUGGACCGAGCAGGUCUGGUGGUCAGAACCGAGAGUCGGGAUCAUUUGGCUCCCAUCGCUCUGGGGCCCACUACUAAUGGUCGACGAUCGAGAGCUGGCAGUCCCACGCGAUCUCACCAUCAGAAAUCCCCAAAUAUGACGCCUCUUGCCGAUGAUUAA